CUUCGUUCACUCUUCGUUUUCGACGGUUAAUAAUAUGGUUAAUAAUCCCGAAAAGUAUACAACAUGGCCGACAACGAAAAAUUCGAAUUGGUGGGUCGUCGCAGGCGAGGAAAGCGAGCGUCGAACGUGUUGCGAGAUAAUAGCAGAUCCAGAAAUACAUCCGAGUCCGAAUUCGACGUUGACAAUCUGAGCCGCAAACUAAAAGAGGCCAAAGACGAGCUUAACGAUUCGAAGUAUAAAGUUAGCCUUUUUCAAAGCCUGAAACAAUGCACCCAGCUCCUCGACGUAGAUCGUAUCAACGAAAUAGUCUGCUAUGGCCUAGGCAAUUUCUCCAAUCUGAAACAGUCUAGGUUAUAUAGCAAGGAUAAAUCCUUUUGUUGAAGAAAUUCAAUUAGAAAAUUCCUUCUUGUAUAAAAACGUAUUUAACGACUCAGCGCUUCAUAUUUUCACCAAAGAUAACUUGGACAAGGUUCCGA